AUGUUACGAAAAAAUUGGAAGGAGCUAAAUUCUAUCGGGCGCGCAUCAAUCUCGUUGCUAAUAGUGUUGUGUAUUUGUUUACAGGUGUCGUUGGCAACUACGGUAGAGGAGGGAGUUCCAUUACACGUAGUUCAAGGAACAAACUAUAAUGACGGCACCAUAUUACUACUAUUUAGAGGAGAACAAUGUAACACAACCAUACUGUACCUUCGACUUAUUUAUCCUGAUGGGACUUGGAAGAAAAUAGACAUCGACGAUUCUAAGUCUAACAUUCCUCCAGAAAACUUCUGCUACUAUAAUAGUUCCACAUUUCAGAAAAGAGGCCUCCGAGAAUCGAUUGAACAACACCUUUACAGAAGGCAUUAUGUUAAGUCAACAUGUUCUGAGGUUGAAUCACAUCCAACUCCUACCUCACUUAGCGAAGAAUGCACUACAACUAGUUCAACUCAAUAUAGUGAAGAAUGCACUACGACCAGUUCAAUUCAAUAUAGUGAAGAAUGUGAUACGACCAGUUCAUCGGAGUAUAGUGAAGAAUGCGAUAAGACCAGUUCAUCGGAAUAUAGUGAAGAAUGCGAUACGACCAGUUCAUCGGAAUAUAGCGAAGAGUGCGCUACGACUAGUUCGUCUCAAAGCAGUGAAGAAUGUGCUAUUACGACCAGUUCAUCUCAAUAUAGUGAAGAAUGUUAUCACCAUUCGCAUAAACAUCACAGCAGUGGUUGUAAUCACGAACAUGCGCCACAUAAAUCGAAAGGAUCGGAAACAGGUCCCGGAAAGACAGGAAGUCAUGGUGCGACAGGCACAGGUCGUGGUGUGACGGGAAUAGCAACAAGAACAGGGACUGGCAUAGGUCCCGGUGAGACGGGUACAGGAAUAGGUCCCGGUGAAACGGGCACGGGAAUAAGAUCAGUACCAGGUCCCGGUGAGACAGGCACAGGAAUAAGAUCAGUACCAGGUCCCGGUGAGACAGGCACAGGAAUAAGAUCAGUACCAGUAACGGGUCCCGGUGAGACAGGCACGGGAGUAAGAUCAGUACCAGGUCCCGGUGAGACAGGCACAGGGAUAGGAUCAGUACCAGGUCCCGGUGAGACAGGCACGGGAAUAAGAUCAGUACCAGUAACGGGUCCCGGUGAGACGGGUUCAGGAAUAGGUCCCGGUGAGACAGGCACGGGAAUAAGAUCAGUACCAGUAACUGUUCCUGGUGAGACGGGUUCAGGAAUAGGUCCCGGUGAGACAGGCACGGGAAUAAGAUCAGUACCAGUAACUGUUCCCGGUGAGACGGGUUCGGGAAUAGGUCCCGGUGAGACAGGCACGGGAAUAAGAUCAGUACCAGUAACUGUUCCCGGUGAGACGGGUUCAGGAAUAGGUCCUGGUGAGACAGGCACGGGAAUAGAAUCAGUAUCAGUAACGGGUCCCGGCGAGACGGGUUCAGGAAUAGGUCCUGGUGAGACAGGCACGGGAAUAGAAUCAGUAUCAGUAACGGGUCCCGGCGAGACGGGUUCAGGAAUAGGUCCUGGUGAGACUAUCACAGGAGCAGCGACAGGAACAGGUCCUAGCGAGACUAUCACAGGAGAAGCGACAGGAACAGGUCCUAGGGAGACUGGUACUAGUGAAGCUAUAACAGGAACUGCGACGGGUGUCAGUGGGACCAGAACCGGAACAGCAACAACCACUGCAGUAUCGUCCACAACUUCAACUACGAUCCCCACUAAAGGAAUAGUAAUUCCAACAGAUGAGAAUUCCGGAGAGAUUUCUGCAAUUAAUAUAUAUGCCAUAAAGAAUAAAUGUAUUCUUGUAACAUAUUUCUCAGAGAUCCCUGCUAGCCAUAAAAUUAAAGGUUUGAUAAUAACUUGGAACGGUGAUGUCGAAAAUUACACAAUCGAUUUUGGAGAAGAAUGUACAUAUAGUCAAAUUAUUAAGAACAUCGACGAACUAGAAUUCUUGCGAGUAUGCUAUAAAGAAAAGACCCUAGAAUUAGAUUGGACGAUAUAUUCUACACCUGACGAUAAUGGUAAUAAUGUAACACAAACGUCAACCGGGGUGAUUAGCAACUUUAACAUCACGUCCUACACCGAUUUUCCGAAAAUAUUUUCAGUCGAAAAUAGAAAAUAUGGUGUAGUCACGGUCACGCAUGAGGUCAAUACUACUAUUUGGAAAGUAUCGAUAUAUUGGAUUUAUGGUCAGAAUGUUAAUGGACCUUAUGAAAUAUAUUCGCUGAAUGAUAAAGAUGUGAUCGUAUUCAAAGUAUUUAAAUGCACCAUCGCCCGUCAAUAUUUGGGAUAUAGUUGUGUAAUUUAUGUUGAAAGAAGAGGAGAAACGAAACCAAGCUUUAUAGACAUAGAUUUUUAUAAUACCGGGUCUAUCAACGGAACACACACUUUCACCAUAAAUGACGUUCCUAAUGAUCAAAAACCGUUUAGUGCUUUAGCAUUGCGUUAUGGAGGGUUUAUUAUAUUGACCAAGAGUAACACCACUAUCGAUGGAUUUGCAGUCACCAAUGAAGGCAACAAUGUAACAAGAUGGGGGCUCCCAACAAAUUAUACUUACCUCCCCAUCACCGGGGUGUCUCAACGCAACGUAGUUUGGGCAUUCGUUAAUCAUAAUGGCAGUAGUUGGACUGUCAUAACAAGUGAUACUCUAAGUGGCUACAACGAAGAUAAAAUGAAAAAAUAUGGCACCCCCACAGUUGUUUACACGAAUCCGGAUGUGGGUGCUAAGUUCCCAGUUCCCCACGAGUCUAAAGAGUUUGUAAUUAGAUACGCUUUCCCCAUCACUCCAUCCAGUGGAUAUGUGACCAUAAACUUGCACGAUACUACAGGAAUCCACCCAGUCUUUAGGAUGCCGGCAAACUUGGGUAAUUAUAAACAAGAUACAAUCACCUUCAAUGCACCAGCUGGUACGAUUUCUACUCCAGGAGGGAACUAUACCGUAGAUGUAGACGAUGGUUUUAUAACCGAUACUGAUAAUAAACAAGAUGCACCUGGAAUUCAUGACAAAUGGAGUUUCACCACAGGUGAUUCUUUUAAUAAUGGUACUGGACCUGCCUCGGUCAUCAUCUUGCUUACCUCCGAGGGGACUAACUUGUAUGUAGAAAAGUCAGUUUCUCGGGAUGUGUUUGUCACAAAGAUGCGGGAUCAGAUCUCUAGAGCCAUUGGAUGUACCCCCGAACGUAUUUCCAUUCCUACCAAAUUCCAGUAUAAACAUGAUACCCCAUCUGACCAAAUUUUCAUGAGAGUUGAUAUCAGUGAGGCAAGCACCACCGCAGAUACGGAUGCGGUAACUCUCUCUCAAUAUUUGGAUAAUGUAAUCAAAUACAAAAAUAUGACAUCGAUUUCCACGGGAGAUACCACAAAAUACCUUGACUCAGAUAAUGGAGCAUGGAGAUUAAAUGGUCUAUGGGGUAAAUACAAAUGGGCGCUUUUUGCUAUCUUCGGGCUACUAUUCCUAUUCCUUUUGUGUUGUUGGGGACAUUUCAAACACAAGAAAGGGCGAAAUCUUUUGGUCUUUGUCUUGUGUCCAUUAAUAUUGGUAGACUUUGGAUUGGAUAUAACGUUUGUAGCUAGACACGGAAAAGAUGAAAAAUGGCUCUAUCCAACAAG